UUGAGUGAUUGGACGGUGCUGCCGCCUUUAAUGCAACGACAGUGCUCUGGGAGUUUCCGGUUUAAAGUAUUUAUAGCGGAAGAUAUAGACUGGCGUCGCUUCACGGUGUGGCGCAACACAGAGAAUGCCGCGCAUCUAAUACGAAGACAUCAGUAUUCGUAGAAUUCUUGGCGAUCGACGACAUUACUUCUUUAAGUUUGCGCCUGUUUAAACUGUGGACGUUUUUGCACCGCGGUGGAAACUGGGACUAAGGGUAAGAGUGGACGAGCCAAUCCUGCGCGAGCAUGGCAUCCGCAAAAGUGCAUGCAGCGAGAGAGAAAUCGCGGAGGUCUUCCCUGAGAAGCGAAUGUCGCGUCUCCUGAACGGGAAAAUAUGGAGAAUGGAUUCAAAACAAAACUUAGCAGAUAUCAGGUUCUGACUACAAUCGGGACUGGAACAUUCGGCAGCCGGUAGUGCUGUGUAGAGACCGGGGAACGAAAUGCUACAACGCGCUGAAGAUUCAUGGCCAAUAGGCGACGUCGUGCGACUAAAGGCAGUGUGCAACACUUUUUAACAACGAGAAGAACAUUACUGGAGACAGUGAAGCAUCCCUUCCUCGUCAAUCUGCUAUGGACAUCUCACGAUGACACAUUUCUCUACAUGCUGUUCGAUUAUGUUUGCGGCGGAGAGCUGUUCACCUAUCUACGUCAUGCUGGCAACUUUGAUAGCGCGACAGCGAAUUUCUACACCGCUGAGAUCGUGUCCGCACUCGAAUAUCUACACGCCCUCGCUAUAGUCUACCGGGACAUGAAGCCGGAAAACCUGCUGCUUGACAAGGAAGGUCACCUUAAGAUCACAGAUUUUGGAUUUGCAAAGAAACUUGAAGACAGAACCUGGACGUUAUGUGGCACACCAGAGUACUUGGCUCCCGAGAUCAUACAGAGUAAAGGCCACAACAAAGCCGUUGACUGGUGGGCACUAGGAAUCCUUAUAUACGAGAUGCUUAUAGGGUAUCCUCCGUUUUUUGACGAUAACCCCUUUGGAAUAUAUGAGAAGAUACUGACAGGAGUGAUUGAGUGGCCAAAACACAUUGACCUUGUCGCAAAGGACUUGAUACGGAAGCUUCUUGUUCAGGAUAGAACACGGCGGUUAGGAAACAUGAAGAGAGGUGCAGAAGACGUGAAGCACCAUCGCUGGUUCAAACGUAUAGCCUGGGCAGAUGUCUAUCAGAGAAAGCUACAGCCACCGAUCGUGCCCAACAUAUCCCACGACGGCGACACGCGCAACUUUGAAGAUUACCCCGACAGCCACUUUGUCAAGCCACCUCCAGCGCAGAGGGAAGAUAUCGAACACUUCAAGGACUUUUAGUGAUGUUCAACCAACGGAGAUGUAUACAGAGCCUAGGUAGAAUAUUAUUUCUAUGGUUCAAACCCUCGCAAGCAGCAUGUCACUGUGGGAACAGCAGGUUUUUAUAAUGUGACUUGCGGAGAUGUUGACGUGGGAAGACAUGCAACUGUAUUGCAGAUCUGUAAUUAUGUUGGAAGUGCUGCACGGGAAUAACCGUCACAAGUACAGAUCUGUAGUUUAGAGGAGGAUGAGUGGCGAUGGAUGAGUGCAUGACUGAUUACGUUAGGAGUGCGUGAAAACGAUAUAAUACCAAUCUAAAUUUUAACAAGACACAUUUUAGCCUUUCCUAACGCCACUGCCUUCCCCACCUACAAAUACUCACGUGAAGCGACCUGAGUUUAUCUACCACCCAUCCCCUGCCAACAAACAGAAGAGGUAGUGGGCCGUCCUACAUCAUUAUUCACCCGUUCCCACAAAACGGUCUCCGAUGGUCUAUCUCUACACCCACAACCUUUACCAUAUAGCAAGCAAUACACGCAGCUGAAAACAAGUCCAUUAGAGGGUGAACCGGUGCUUGUGUCAUGAAGGUAAUGUAGGUUUCGACUUUUGUACCUAUGGUGUAGAUAUUAUUAACAAAAAAGAGAAAUAUAUGAAAUGAAGUGAGAAAAUAAAAAAAACUGGUUGACAUCAGAUGGUCACAACCGUUUUGAUAUCAUGAAUGUAAAGAUUUUCCCAUAAAAAACGAUGUAGACAUGAGAAACAUAUUAAGAGUAAAACCCAUAGAUUUUUGGAUUGGGGUAAUUAAUUAAUUACGAAACGCAGGGGUGCUUGCUGAUGUCGCGAGUUAAAUUGGAAGCUGCUGAAUGUAAAAAAUACUAAAUGAUACAUACUCAAUAUAUUCAAUGCUAACAUAUAGUAUGAAAGAGUGAGACUGUGAGUGUGAAAUGCCCGCUGUGCGUUGCCGAAUACGUACUGUACAUAGGCCUAACCCCAAGAAUACUCUGUCACAUAUUUAUAUUAUUUAUCCGGAAUGUCAGAAUAACACGACAUAAUAUAUCGUUGCAUGGCGCAAGAGGCGCUGCCGUGGAAACGCUACUUCUAGUGCCAUGCAUUCCAUUUGCGUGCUGUAUAAACUAACUCGCUUUACUGGCUCAGAACUGGUGCGAUUUUCGCUGUUAUCGACUCCCCCCUCCCACUCACACGUGUUUACGUGUGCCACGGUGGGAUACUUGUGUCACCGCUUUGAGUCGCCAGACUUAAAAGUCGCGCCGCCGGUGGUGACACCUAUUAGCAGCAGCGUUCGUUUCUCCACACCUGCACUAUUGCUUAUAUAGUCGUGUAUCAAAUUGAUGUUUAACAUUCCACAUUCAAGAGAAGCUUCGUUCGCAUAGUGAGCAGAUUUAACUCUACUGCCUAUACUGAAAGUAUAUGCACAUAAUAUAUAUAUAUAUAUAUGAAUAUUGAGCCUGUCUAUAUUUAAACACGCGCAGCUGAUGUUCGAUAGUGACGAUAAUGAUGACGAUGAUGACGAUAAUGUGGCAUAACCUUUAUUAAAAUAAUAAUAGCAAUAUAUAUAUAUAUAUAUAUAUUGGUAGGGGCACGUGGCUACAAUUAUGCUAGUAUUCUUACUAAUAGGAAUUCAGACUCGGACUUCAGUGAAAUAAAGAACAUCUGCUGAAGAAGCUCAACGAGUCAAUACUAAAUGGCGCUGUUACAAUAUACAUGGGUUCAUUAUUUAUGCAUGUAUGUAUAUAUACGUAUAUAUAUAUAUAUAGUGUGUGGGUGCGUGUGUGUGUGGAAAUGUUUCUUUUAUGGGUGAUAACAAUCUUUCAGGGGUGGAAUGAUGAUGAGUUGUUUUAUAUGCGCAGUUGAGCAACAACAGUCACUAUUUAUUAGAAGUGAUGUUCAACACUGUUAAUAUCAAUCAAGUUCAUAAGUUGUAUCCAAUGGGUUAGUGCAAAUUGACAGUAUGCAAAUAUUUAGCUUUUGUCUUUUGUAGUACAAGUAUGUGCUCAUUUUCCACAUUAUCCUGGUUAAAUAUUUUUACUACAUUUGAUUGUGGAGGAACCACAACCCUCUCAGCACAACACACUGCUAGGGCCACCUCUUGUGACUCGAAAUUCUUCUGAUUUUUACUGAUUUCGACUGAUAGGUCUUUGGAUGCUAGCAAAGAAUCGAAAAUGAAAAUGGAUACAAUGCAAUUUUUCUAUCAAAACUGAUGUUGAGGGAAACGCGCAAUUAUUUAUUAUAAUGUUCAGCGGGAACAGUUACUGUAGUGAUAGAUCGCUUUCCACAGUUCUUAUACACAUGUACAUACAAUCAUGAUACAAUGUAUAAAGUUUUCGCAGUUUAAAGUUUGGUACAGGUACAUCCAGGGUAACAUCCUAUGGUGCUGCCACUAAUGAUGGUGGAAGUAAAUUUAUACAAACGUUUGCAAUGCUGUUUGUAAAGCUCGAGUUUAAAUUUAUAUUGACCCUGUAAUGUAAGUGUAACGUGAAAUUAAAUUACAAGAAAAGUACCCUA